GACCCUGAACUGAUUCGGAGUCGUCCGUAUCGUCAAACAUCGAAGGCUGCAAUCAGAUCGAGAGAGAGAGAGAGGUAUAGAGAUGGAUUCAACGGCGAGGCGAACCGGGGGACUCCUCGAGGGCCUGUAUAGAGUCCUGAUGCGCCGGACCUCCAUCUACGCCACUUUUGUCAUCGCCGGCGCUUUUGCUGGAGAAAGGGCAGUGGAUUAUGGGGUUCGUAAGCUCUGGGAAUACAACAAUGUUGGGGCUCUAUGCGUGGAGAAAAUUUCUCAACAAUCGCGUGGAAGGACGGUGAAUAAUGAUGCUCAGUGAGGAGAUACAAAUAUAGCAAGGAGGAAAGACUAUUAAUACAUGUUUCUCUGCAAAAUACAACUAAUAAAGCGGUACGAGGACAUCCCAGUUUUGGGACAGUGGCAAUCUGAAUGAGGACCACUCUCCCGUCUUGUCUCCUUCCUGGAGUGAAAACGAAUCUUUUAUAGUGAUCUUCAAAUAAGCAUUGUGUUUAUGAUGAUCUGUCGAAACAUUUAGAUUGUCUGGGUUUUCAAGCUGAGCUUUUAUUUGUUUCCAGACAUGUAAUUUUCAGUUUCUUGGGGCUUAUUUGGUACCUUUUUGGUAAGCUUUUUCUGUUCCAUGUAACGAAAGUUCAAUUGCAAUGGGAGGAUUGAUUGCCUUCUUCCAUGUUAUAUGAGUGGGUACUUAAGUCUCCGUUAUGGGUUGCGAUUUCCAUAUUCA